ACUCCCCCGCCCUCCCCAGGGCACUGGGAAGGGGCGCAGCGUGGGAAAAGGGUGGUUGAGUUUUAACCAGAGGCAGAGCGUGAGCGGGAUCAGUGUGUGCGGAACGCGAGCAGCCGAGCGCGGAGAGCGCCGCUGCUGUUAACUCCUCCCUGCCCGCCGACCCUCCCCCGGAGCCCCUGCGCAGCCAGCAUGAAGCGAGCCCACCCCGAGUACAGCUCGUCAGACAGCGAGCUGGACGAGACGGUAGAGGUGGAGAAAGAGAGUGCGGACGAGAAUGGAAACUUGAGCUCGGCUCUAGGUUCCAUGUCCCCGACUACAUCUUCGCAGAUCCUGGCGAGGAAAAGACGGAGAGGCAUCAUUGAGAAACGCCGACGAGACCGGAUCAAUAACAGCUUGUCCGAGCUGAGGAGGCUGGUACCCAGUGCUUUUGAGAAGCAGGUAAUGGAGAAAGGAUCUGCUAAGCUAGAAAAAGCCGAGAUCCUGCAGAUGACCGUGGAUCACUUAAAAAUGCUGCACACUGCAGGAGGGAAAGGCUAUUUUGACGCGCACGCCCUGGCGAUGGACUAUCGGAGUUUGGGAUUUCGGGAAUGCCUGGCAGAAGUUGCCCGUUACCUGAGCAUCAUUGAAGGAUUAGACGCCUCUGACCCGCUUCGAGUUAGACUGGUCUCGCAUCUCAACAACUACGCUUCUCAGCGGGAAGCCGCGAGCGGCGCCCACGCAGGCCUUGGACACAUGCCCUGGGGGAGCGCCUUCGGACAUCACCCGCACAUCGCGCACCCCCUGUUGUUAUCCCAGAACAGCCACGGGAACGCUGGCACCACGGCCUCGCCUGCGGAACCGCACCACCAGGGCCGGUUGGCCCCUGCACAUCCGGAGGCGCCCGCCUUGCGAGCGCCCCCUAGCGGCGGUCUUGGACCGGUGCUCCCCGUGGUCACCUCCGCCUCCAAACUGUCGCCGCCUCUGCUCUCCUCGGUGGCCUCUCUGUCCUUCCCCUUCUCUUUUGGCUCCUUCCACUUACUCUCUCCCAAUGCACUGAGCCCGUCGGCACCCACGCAGGCAGCAAACCUUGGCAAGCCCUAUAGACCUUGGGGGACGGAGAUUGGAGCCUUUUAAAGAACUGACUGACGUUGUAGAAAGGGGGAAGGGAAAGCUUAAAAUCUCAGCUGAGCUGGACUGUUGCCAACAUCACCUUAAAGUCGUCAGUAAAAGUAAAAAGGAAAAAGGUACACUUUCACAUAAACUUCGUUUAAAAACUAAAGGUGGUUGGUUUAUUUUUUUUUAAUUUUUUUUGUACUAUGUCAUGUAUUAGCAGUUUUUAAAAACUAGUUGCUAAAUUUUCUUCAGAGCAUUAAAUUGGAGUAGUAAGUAUAAGCCACCAUGCUGCGAUAGGUCUGUACUGUGCCUGAUUUACUUUGUAAACGUAUCUGUCUAUGAAUGAUUCCGUUUUUGCCUCAAAGUUUGGGGAAUUGUAACAUUUAGGUCUGUUUUUCUCCUUGUAUAAUUAUGGUUUGUUUUUAGAAUUAAUUUUUCCAAACCACUAUGCUCAAUAUUAACAUAAUUCUAUUUGUUAAUGUUUUGACAGAUUAAGGUGUUGUAUAAAUAAUACGCUCUUUUUUUUUCUUUUUGGGAGGGAGCUAUACUGAGUUUUAUAUUUCUGAACAAAGCGUUGACAAAUCAGAUGAUCAGCUUUAUCCAGGAAAGAGGACUAGUUAAUUUCCUGCCUCCUGCAGCAGCGAGGUGAAUGUGCAGAUCAUCAGUAGCCCCGAAUCCAUGUGACCGACUGCUGUCGUCUGCUGGAACUCGCAGUUCUGGCGUAGUUAGGAGAGAGCCUCUCGCGGGUUCGGUCCCCACUCAAAUAUGGGGGCACGAGACAGAAGGUAAUUGUAUGGAAUGUGCCCGAAUUUGCCAGCCCCAAGCAAUGCAAUGAAUUUUUAAUCUCAUAGACCUCAAAUUCACAGAUGUUUGAAUGGAUAAAUGAUCAUGGUGUACAAGUGGUCGGUCAGGAAGUACAGUGGAACCUGUUACAUGCAUCCCUUGAUUUUCCUGGGACUGCCGUAUUUUCUUUGAACUGGAAAUGCUUAUGUUGUGUCUUCCUUUCGGUGCAUGGGAAUGUGGUUGUUGAGAUAUUUAAAAGGGCUUUGCCGCCCUCUUCUCUUUGGUUUAUUUAAUUUGCUUCGGGCUGUGAAAGUAUCAUUUUACAGUUUCAUUUGUUGAGCAGGUGUGGUUCAAAUGACCUCCACUGAACUGGAUUUGACCUCUGUUGUACUGAUGUGUUGUGACUAAAUAAAAGAGAA